AUAUUAAUUAUACCGAGUAUAUCUGUUUUAUAUUUUUUUAUAUUAACACAAUACUCUUGGCUCAACAAGCCAUAAUUUUGAGUAUUAAAAAUGUUUAUUCAAUAAACAUAUACCACUUAAAUGAAUAUUAUUUAUAUUAUUCCACAAAAUCAUAUUAGAACGAUAUCCAUGCACUCUAUAUUUGCUCCAAACAUUCUCGCUUAAUAAUACCUUCUAGACAAAGAUGCGCAAAUAUUUCUGCGCAAAGCUACAGUUAUAAACAUCUAUGUUGAUACACUUAUCGAUAUUUAUGUAUACACUAUCGACUAAUAAAAAUUUAUGUUUAUUUUAAUUUUUUACUAAUAUAUAAAGAAAAAACUAUUAUGCGAUGAAAUAUUUAAAAUAUGAAAUAUUUACAUUGUACUUAUACUCAUUUUGCGCACGUAUUGAAUCAUUGCAAAUUGUCACGUAGUAAAUAUGUCAGAACAAUGUGUACUAUAUGUGUAAUAAGUGUAGAUUAUAUGUAUAUAUAUAUGGUUAAAAAAUAAAUUUUCUUUAGAAUGAACGAUAAUUACGAACAAUUGACUGUCAAAGAUGUAACUAGUUAUGUUGCAUCUUUAACAAUAAUAUUUGGUGGUAUCAUACCGUAUAUACCACAAUAUAGAGAAAUCAAGAGAAAAAGAGAUGCAGAAGGAUUUUCUUUAUAUGUUUGUUUGACAUUGUUAAUUGCAAAUACUCUCCGCAUUUUAUUUUGGUUCGGUAAACAUUAUGAAACACCUCUUUUAAUUCAAAGCAUUAUAAUGAUCAUUACAAUGUUUAUUAUGAUUAAACUUUCUGUCAACAUACACAAUAGAAGUCAAAUAAUUAAAUUAAAAGAACGAGUAUUUACAGAUUUGGAGACAAGAUUCUUUUGGAAAUGGACAGAUUUCCAAUCUUACUUAGAUUUUAUGCUGCUAUUUGCUAUUAUGGGUGGAAUAUUAAUGUAUUGGUUUAUAGAUGUACCCAUAUUUGUGGAAAUUGUUGGUUUCCUUGCAGUAUUAAUAGAGGCAAUGCUUGGAAUACCACAAUUUUUACGUAAUUUUUAUAACAAAUCCACGAGUGGAAUGAGUAAUUUACUUUAUAAUUUUAGUAUAACAAUGGUUAGCAUGUGGACAUUAGGAGAUCUCUUUAAGACUUGUUAUUUUGUAUUACGAGAAGCUCCAAUUCAGUUUGAGGUAUGUGGUGCUCUUCAAAUUAUAAUAGAUAUCGCGAUACUAACACAAGUAUAUAUUUAUCAAAAGAAUACAUCAAUGCAUCCUCAAGUUAUUACACGAGCUGAUUAGUUAGUUAAAAAUAUAUUAUUAAUUACGUUAAUUUUUAAAAAUAAUUUACCAUAAAUAAUGAAACAAACUAUUUUUGUAAAUUUGUAUCAAACUAUCUUGUAUAAACACAUAAGAAAACUAAUAUUACAAGGUCCAAUAAGCAUAGUUGUAUGUAAACUUUUGACAAUCAUUCUAAUACUGACACUUGUUUAAUAGUAUCAUGUAGACAUUAAUCUUUUUGAAUACCAAAUUUGUAUAAAUUUAUAUUUAUUAUUAUUUAAUUAAGAUAUGUAUCUUAAAUGUGUAUGUUAAGUAAAAUAUGUAUAUACAUAUAAAUAUCAAGAACUGAAUAUAUUAAGAACUUGUAAUUAAGAAAUAAAAUAGUGAAUUAGAUUUUUCAUCAAUACAAAGAAAUGAAGAUUUUUGAGAAAGUAUUAAGAAAUCAAAAAUUAUAUAAAAGGAAUAUAAAUUAAGUCCUUGUUUAUAUUCUGUAUAUUAUAUAAUGU